AUGGAUAAUCAAAAUACCGACAUGAGGCAGGAUGGCUUAGGUCAUCCCUGCUGCAUUUUCAGAAGGAGACGUUAUUACAUAGCAAUUAUGGCUUGCAUUGGUUACGUUGUGUCCUAUUCCACGAGGGUUAAUCUCAGUGUCGCUAUUAUAUUCAUAACCAAAGAAAGUAAUGCAACCACAACGAAAAAAGAAUUCAUGUGGGACGAAAACGUUCAAGGUAUCAUUCUCGCUUCUUUUUUUUACGGUUACAUCAUCACACAAAUUCCGGGUGGUUAUCUCGCCGGCAUCAUAGGAGGAAAUCACGUUCUCAAUUUGGGUGUCGCGGGUUCGGGGUUAAUCAGUUUCGUGGGGCCCGCGUGUCUCAAGUUUAGCGUCGGUGCGUCCAUUGCCAUGAGAGUGAUUUGCGGUUUAUUUCAAGGAGUCACGGUGCCGGCCAUAAGCUCCAUGUGGGCGAGGUGGGCUCCUCCCCUCGAAAGAACCAUUCUCAGCACGAUCGCAAUAAGUGGAAAUUUUUUUUCUUCUAUAAUCAUAAUGCCCAUUUGCAGCGUGAUCGGCGACUAUUUAGGCUGGGAGUGGAUGUUCUACAUAUUCGGAGCACUUUCUUUGGCCUGGUCUGUCGCAUGGUCUUUCACGGUGUUUGCCGGACCCGAAAAAGAUAUUUUCAUAAAGGAAUCCGAAUUGCAAUACAUUCAAACGUCAAUAGGAGAACGAACGGAUAGUCAACCGAAACAUCCGUGGAAAAGAAUAUUUUCUUCCAUGCCGGUGGGGGCGGCGGUCGUGGCGCAAACCGGUCACAAUUGGGGAUACUACACGAUGCUUUUGCACGGUCCAAAGUAUUAUCACGAAACAUUAAAAAUUAACCUCCAACUAUCUUCCUUUUACACCGGACUGUGUUUCACAGUUACAGGUUUUUUGAUGCAAGUUUUCGGUCAAAUAUCUGACUUUCUGAGAAGAACAAAGCAUAUGAAAACCGUGAGCGUCCGUAAAAUGUUUUGCUGCGGAGGAUUUCUCGCACAAUCUAUAUUCAUGAUAUUAUUAAUAUUCAAUAGAAACCCGUAUUUUUGCGUGGCUUUUUCGAUUUUGGCCAUCGGAAUGGGUGGGAUAACGUGGUCGGCAUUUAACGUGAAUCCUUUGGAUAUAGCUGCUCCGCACGCCGCUAUCAUUUCCGGACUGGCCAACACGUGUGCAACGCUUUCAGGAAUUUUUGCACCCAUGGUGUCAGCUUGGUAUAUAUCUGGUCGGAACUCGGUUCACAUCGAGGACUGGAUGGGGGUUUGGAUUAUUUGCGUAAUCAUAUAUUUUUUAAGCGCAAUAUUUUUUUUACUGUUUGCAGCUGGAGAAAAACAAUCGUGGGUUUAUACGGCUAAUGAAAAUUAA